GUGACGUGGCAGAGUCAGUGUGGAAAGCAGUCAGCUUGAGCAUCGUCUCCGGAAGCAUGUGGACGCUGAUCUUCACUGCUCUGUUUCCCUCUGUCAUCUUAUCAUAUGAAGUGGACACGAACAAACUCAAUGGUCUAGCGAGAGCCAAAGUGGAGACAUGUGGUGGAUGACAGCUGAAUAGGCUGAGGGAGGUCAAGGCCUUUGUGACCCAGGACAUUCCUCUUUACCACAACCUGGUGAUGAAGCACAUUCCUGGGGCCGACCCUGAACUCGUCCUUCUCAACCACUACUAUGAAGAACUAGAUAGAAUCCCAUUAUCUGAAAUGACUCGCACUGAGAUUAACAAACUCUUGGCAACGCUGGGCUUUUAUAAAAAAGAGAAUCCCGAAGACCAAGUGCCAGAGGAGUUCCGCUUCGCUCCAGCGAAAGACAGUCCCUUUGAAGGCCAAUCCACCAGCCCGCCCCCUAAGAAUGAUACUGACCAAUCAGAGGCCGAUUCCCAGCACACAGAUUUGUAACCCCUUAUGUAAGAGAGAUGGCGUGGGACACCAGCGGUGUGAGACCUACUUGAUUUACAAUUACCGUGAGAACCAAAACUGAGCCAGACGAGCUCUCUCCAGAGUUUAAUGUGGCCACAUUAUUGUUUGAAAAUAGUUCCUACUACUGUCAACACACAUUUAGCAACUUGUUUUGAUUAAGAAGGGUGUUACGGAGUUCAAACACUGAUUGGAAAAAAAAAUAUUUAGAAAUUCUGUGUAAGUGUGAGAGCCUACAAGUGUGCGAGUAGUUUGUGUUUGUGGCAGUGAACUGUAACGGUUGUUUGCUCUCACUGUUCUGUACAGAACCUUAUUUCUGCCCAAAGGGGACGUUAAUGAUGUCCACAGCUGUAAAAGCCUGAGACUGGCUGCGGACUGAUGAUCUCUGUUCUCAUGGGCACAAAUCAGGCCUCCAAACAGACUGUGGGAGCAUGAAGGUACCACUGAGAAAAUAAAUGGCUUAAACAUCA